AUGGCCUUCCAGACCCUGCUCCGGGCGAGAGCCCCUGCAGCUCUGGCUCGAAGCUGUCGGGCUCCCUCGAGCCAGUAUGCUCGCUUCCUGAGCUCGACGCGAUCCCUCCGUGCCGACGACAGCGACCUCAACAAGGUCUCGCGCUCCAUCACACAGCCCAAGUCCCAGGGUGCCUCGCAGGCCAUGCUGUACGCCACCGGCCUCGACGAUGCCGACAUGAAGAAGGCCCAGGUCGGUAUCUCAUCUGUGUGGUUCGAGGGUAACCCCUGCAACAUGCACCUGAUGGACCUGUCCGUCAUCGUCAAGGAGUCCGUGAGGAAGGCCGGCCUGAUCCCCUACCGGUUCAACACCAUCGGAGUCUCGGACGGCAUCUCCAUGGGAACCACCGGCAUGAGAUACUCCCUCCAGAGUCGUGAGAUUAUUGCCGACAGCAUCGAGACCGUCAUGAACGGCCAAUGGUACGACGCCAACAUCUCCCUCCCGGGCUGCGACAAGAACAUGCCCGGUGUGUUGAUUGCCAUGGGCCGCGUCAACCGCCCCAGCAUCAUGGUCUACGGUGGUACUAUCGCCCCCGGCUGCAGCAAGGACGGAGCCCAGAUCGACCUCGUCAACGCCUUCCAGGCUUACGGACAGUACAUCACCGGAGAGAUCACCGAGGAGCAGCGUUACGACAUUAUCCGCAAUGCCUGCCCUGGACAGGGAGCUUGUGGUGGCAUGUACACGGCCAACACCAUGGCCACUGCUAUCGAGACCCUCGGUAUGUCGCUGCCCAACAGCAGCAGUAUCCCCGCCGCCCACCCUCUCAAGAGGGCCGAGUGUGAGGGCGUGGGUGAGGCCAUCAAGCACAUCAUGAAGGAGGAUAUCCGGCCUCGCGAUAUCUUGACCCGUCAAGCCUUCGAGAACGCCAUGGUCGUCGUCAACAUCCUGGGAGGCAGCACCAACGCCGUCCUGCACCUUAUCGCCAUCGCCGACAGCGUGGGCAUCAAGUUGACUGUCGACGACUUCCAGAAGGUCAGUGACCGCACUCCCUUCCUGGCCGACCUGAAGCCCAGUGGCAAGUACGUCAUGGCCGAUAUGCAGACCAUUGGUGGCACACCCGCUCUCCUCAAGUUCCUGCUCAAGGAGGGUAUCAUUGACGGCAGCGGCAUGACUGUCACCGGCAAGACCAUGAAGCAGAACGUCGAGGAGUGGCCCGAGAGCUUCCCCGAGGACCAGAAGAUCAUCCGCCCCUUCAACGACCCUAUCAAGCCUACUGGUCACAUCCAGAUCCUGCGCGGCCAGCUCGCUCCGGGUGGCAGUGUCGGUAAGAUCACUGGCAAGGAGGGUCUCGUUUUCAAGGGCAAGGCUCGCUGCUACGACAGAGAAGAUGACUUCAUCGAGUCUCUCGAGCGUGGCGAGAUCAAGAAGGGCGAGAAGACUGUCGUCAUCAUCCGAUACGAGGGUCCCAAGGGCGGUCCUGGUAUGCCCGAGAUGUUGAAGCCCUCGUCCGCCAUCAUGGGCGCCGGUCUCGGCAACGACGUUGCCCUGCUCACCGACGGUCGCUUCUCUGGCGGUAGCCACGGCUUCUUGAUCGGACACAUUGUCCCCGAGGCCAUGGAGGGCGGUCCCAUUGGACUCGUGCGAGACGGAGAUGAGAUCACCAUCGACGCCGAGAAGCUUACCAUGAACACCAACGUUACCGAUGCCGAGUUUGCCGAGAGGAGAAAGGAGUGGGUUGCACCGCCACCCAGGUACAGCAAGGGUACUCUGACCAAGUAUGCUCGCUUGGUGAAGGAUGCCUCCAGCGGCUGUGUCACUGAUGGCCGGGACUAA